UAUUAUGAAUCAUUUUUCUACGUUGUAUAUAAUCAUCAACGUCAUAUGCACCGCCAUUGGUGUCAGCACGGUUUUCUGUAAUACGCUGGCUGCCAUCUUGAUUCUGAAGAAAAAGCGUCACUGGGAUAAUUCUUUGAAUUUCAUUCUUCAUCUCUGUAUAGCCGACAACCUUGCCGGAAUUCUAAUUUUGUGGAAUGUGAUUUACAACAUGAACGGGCAUAUGAAUUUUUUUGAGUGCUUGUUUCGUAGUUCAGGGAUAUCUAGCGUCAUCUUUACGUCAUGUCACGUGCUGUUAGGCCUCAGUUUGGAUCGCUACAUUAAAAUCAUGGCGCCUUUCCACGCCAUCAGGCUAGAGAAUGGGAAAUUUGUCAAGUUCUACCUAGGUAUUUUAUGGAUAUUAUUUUUCUUUUGUCUGAGCGUCCCAUCUAUGACGUGGAUACACGAUCACAUACCAUACAAUGAAUGUUCAUUUUUCGGAGUGUUAAAGAAGGAAUAUCUUUUGACACUGGUUACAUUUAUGACCUUUGCCCUAUUUUGUCAGUGUCUGAUAUACGGACACAUUACAUUCAUAGCUUUGUCUAAAGGUAAUCUGCAUUUGCAUCCGCAAGGAUUCACAGGAAAGGCAACGGCAUCAUCCAAUAGACAAAUUCUGAAGACAACUAGAGCUGUUCUGCUCGUAUGUGGAUUAAACUUCAUCACGAGUGUACCAGUGGGUAUCUUUGUGUUUUUAGUCUCAACAAGAAAUAGUGAAGAAGAGCAGGACCAUUACAAACAAGGCGAAGUCCUAAUGUACGUGGCCACGCCCCUUUAUUUGAACAGCCUAAUCAACCCUUUCCUGUACGCUUUUAAAAUCCCAGACGUAAAGCGGUCCUUAUCGCGUAUAUUUCAUUGGUCCAGAAGCAGGCAAAGGGUGGAGCCCAAAAAUACCACGUGUCCUACCCAAGUGCAAAUGUCAGUCAUUGAAAUAAAGGGAUGA